AUGAGCCACAGACCUGUCAAGAUCAUGGAGAAGAUAACUCUAUCAGGCUUAUUGUCAGUAGUCGCUGUUAUCCUGGCGGUAAUGGCGCCAAUGGUUGACGCUUGGUUCGACACCUGGAACCCAUUUGCAACACAACCGGCGUUCGAACCCGAGUAUUUCGACUGUAAAUUUUACGCUGAUCGAUCUGGUGGAAAUUGUCAGAGCUAUUUUAAGGAAUGCGAAGAUUUCUGGAGCCAUAAGACCAAGGUUACCCACAUGACUUGCCCCGGAGAGCUGUUUUUCAGCGAGUCUUUUGAAGAAUGUGUGGACCCAAAGAAAUUCUUCAAGCGAUGCCCAGUUAAAGGGCAUGGAUUCUUUAAUUCCCGUUGGUAA